AUGACCGUCAUAGCAAACACCAACGGUGCGACGGCGACCUCGAAACGUUUCGAGCUCCCCGCGCUCAACUUCAAGUUUGCUCCUCUGACUGACGGCACCAACAUCCCACCACCUCUGCCGUCUCCAAUUGAGGAGACGCCGCUGCCAGUCGCCGCCGCUCGCGCAGAGACACCAGACACUUCGACAACUAUCAACGACGCAGCAGACCAGAAGGAGGAACAGCAACCGACUUCGACCAGCAAGGCCGGCACCAAACGGCCAGCCGAGUCACCCAUAUCUCCCGUGUCGCCUACCAACUCUGCUCGCCCCGGCAGCAUCCGCCGCCUCUUUAGCAGGAAUCUCCUCAGCCAGUCGUAUGCAGAGAGCGAGGCGGGCGAACCGGACAGCCCCGGCCUGAGGCGGCCGCAAAGCCAGGCGAGCUUCCUUACCGACAAGAGGCCCAAGCGAUCGAGCGGCUGGUUCAGGCGGUUAAGAGGAGGCAGCAGCGGCGAUGGCACGGCAGACGCGGCCGCUGCCAAGCGCGCAACCAUAGGCAGCUACGAGGACAUUGUUGGCACGAGGAAGACUAGUGGGCCGCCGCCGCCCAUGAUACCCGAGUUGAGCGACCUUGAGGCCAAGGUCGGCCUGGACAAUGGCAGCAGUCUUGGGAAUGAUAUGUUUAAACAUAUCAAAUAA